AUGAAGAAAGCUAAAGACGGGGCCACACGAAGACUCAGGAUCGCCAGUGUUCUCUGCUUGUUUUUCAUGACUGUGGAAUUUGUAGGUGAGAGUUCUCAUUAUUAAAAGAGUAUUUUCUUUGGUAAAACACCGCCAGAAUCACAGAAUAUUUUUACUUCAAUUUAUAAAUCAUGUUUACAUCUGGUCUAUUAUAAAGGAACACAACAUAACAUGAUUUUUUUUCCCAGUCCGAUCCCUGCAGCAAAUAAUGAUUGCUAUAUAUCACAAUGAAACGAUGCUUUUUUAGCUGUGAGAAGCAAAUAUCGUAUACAAGGGCUACACCAAAUCUUGUACACAUGAUCUCACGCGCUCUGACAAUUUAAAUUGCACCAGGGCUUUGAAUGAAUGUGACACUUGAUCAAGUGAUAAAUAGAACCUGAUUAGAACACAUGUACACAGAAAAAUAUGGUGCUCCAAGGGGAAAUAAAUUAAACUCUGAAUUUGAUGUGCAUGCUAGAGCAUUUACACUAAAAUCUCAUUGUUCAUGUCGGCCUUGGCAAAAGCUAUCGAUGAUCAAUGAUUCUUGUUCGAGUACCUCUUUCUUUUCUGGAUAUCAAUUUUGCAGAUCCAAAAUUCACUACUUUGAUUUGUUUCCCACGAGAUCAAAGACAUGUAAGCAUUAACUUAUUAAAUAAGCAAAAAAUACUACGAAUAUUGAGACGCAAAAAGGCUAUGGGUAAAAAGAAAUUGAAUACCAAAUUCCUGGCAAGCAACUCUUAAAAUGAUAAAACUCAUAUUAUUGAGAUAGCUUGCAGUCAAUCAGUAAGGAUAGAAAUGGUACAACCCCCACCAUAGCUAGAUCUAGAGUUGCUGGUGCCUUACACAGAAACGUACAUACAAAGUACUGCCGACACAUCAAUCUACGAAUUAGGAGGUAAUUCAAAGACAAACAUGCGCAUCUGUAUUCCAAGCCAAGCGCGCUUGAGUUGUCAAAGAAAAAUUGUAUACUACUCGAAUUAACAGAAAAAACGUACGAAGGACUGGGUGACGAUUACUUUUUUCAAGGCCCUUUCAAUCUUCUUGAGAGUGCUCUUCGAUGAUAGAGCAAACUUCUUCCUUGACAAAUUUUUCUCUAGAAAAAUCUACUUCUUCAAAAUCAGGCAUAACAUGAGUCCCGGAAAAAUUUUGUUGCACUUUUGCAGCUACACUGCCUUAAAAACUUGUAGAGGAAAAUUUGGUGAAAGCUUGAUCGCACACAAGAACGUCAGAGUAUUUUAUGAGUGAAAGAUGAUAACUUACGGCCCAAAUUUCCUGUUUAAUUUCUUAGGAGGGUAUUUUGCCAACAGCCUCGCUAUUAUGACGGACGCAGCUCACUUGCUGUCGGAUUUCGCGGGUUUCAUGAUCUCGUUGUUAGCUCUGUGGGUGGCAACCAAGCCCGCCACUACGACUCUGUCUUUUGGCUGGCAUCGCGCAGGUAAGAUUUUUAAACAUGUGUCUGCAAAGGCGUGAGAAAAAUUCUGCAUGCGAAUGCAAACAAAAGCAACUUAAAAGAGCUACUAGUGUAUUUUAAUCUAUUCUAGCUCAUAGCCCAAAGUUUUCCUCGAGGUUAACAGAUAAUGUCCGCGGAAAGAUAUCCGAGCAUAGUUUCGCGCCAAAUGGAGGCUAUUGUUUGUAUAUUUGAAAGCUAACUUCUCACAUCUGUUUUCAGAGGUGAUGGGUGCAGUCAUGUCCGUUCUGUUCAUCUGGGUAUUAACCGGAGUCUUAGUUUACCUAGCAGUUCAAAGAAUUCUCACUAAACAAUAUGAAAUAGAUGCCCAAGUCAUGUUAUUAACUGCGUCAGCGGGCCUCAUCAUAAACAUCCUGUAAGUUGCUAAUUAAUGUUUUCAAAAUCUUGCAGUUUAAGACAAAGUGAACAUGAGUUAAAGAUAUCUCAUUGUUAGGAGAUAUAUCCAAUUUCGUAGACCACUUUUACCUUACAUAGGUCGAAUCCACUAAAAAUCCGCCAUGAUGUUUAAUAAAAACAUGCAUACAGUCCUGUAUGAGAUGAACUCUUCAGUUAAAUUCAGUUCCUCGUUUUGUUGCAUUUAAAAAAGAUAUAUCUGCUGCAUAUUUAAAUUAAAACGAAAGUGCAGCGUUUCUUUCAGCAUGGCUUUCUCUCGCCUUUCGUUAUCGUGACGUCACUAUUCGUUACCAUGGAGACUGGUAUUCAAUUGAGGCCCAUUCCAAUCCCUAAUGGUCUCUACAAGAGCAAAUUGUUGGCCAACAGACCCCCAAUUGUAACAUGAUCCCAGCUUAUAUUUUGUCAAAUUAAUUGUGAACCAGAUUAGGUGUCAUACUUCAUCAGAAAGGCCAUGGACACAGCCACGGAUCCCAUACUAAAAAAAAGAAAGGCAAAAGGAAAAAGUCCCAAGUCUCACCAUCAAGUUUCAUCAUUUUAGAAGAAGAGGAAAAUGUAAAUGUGCGAGCGGCGUUUAUUCACGUACUAGGCGACUUCUUACAAAGUAUAGGCGUAUUUAUAGCAGCUCUUCUCAUUUGGUUUAAGGUAAGGUUUUUAUAAUGGCUUGGGUAGAAGACUGGUUUGUCGUGCGUGUUUUCACAUAUUCUCGUAAAGCUACUCGUUUCAGCUCACUGUGGGCCACUGUGGACAAUGACUUUCUCUUGUCACUUGAUCUUAAGAAACCACGGGCUUAAGGAACGACCCAAAGUCGGGCGAGCGAAAGGAAAUAGGAACCUGCACUCACGAAGUCACUAUAGCGCUCGCUAACUCAAUCCCGUAAACGUUUCCACGAACCAAUUGCAUCAUGGGGAAUACGGGAGGGCCUGGCUUUUUCCAGCAUAUCUGCUAAUAUUUAACUUUCCAUCGAGAAAAAUUGGAAGAGACGGGUAACGAGUUCACUAAGACAGUACAUAGUUUUUCACACUUUUCAUCUGUGAAACACAGAUUUUAGAAAAUUGGCCAUGUCGUUUGUACCAUAUUUCAAUGAAAGUUGAGUUAAUAUUGUAUGUUUAUUAUUUUGCAGCCUUCAUGGGCCAUCGCAGACCCUAUAUGCACAUUUGUAUUCUCUCUGAUAGUUUUAGGAACCACAUUAGCUAUUUUGAAAGAUGCUUUAAUUGUGCUCAUGGAGGGUGAGUACAUUACCAUCUGUUUACAAAAGAGAGAAAACCAAAGAAACAAAGAUAAAAAAAAAGUUUAAUCGUGAAUAAUAAUUGUGAGUCUAAAUCUUAAUUCUGAGAACCGAGACCCUCGGCGUCUAUCCUUUUAGACAGCAAAAUACAGAUGGGUCUGUUUUCAUUUUCUAGGAGUUCCAAAAGGGUUGAAUUUCCACAUUUUAAAAGCAAGCCUCUUAGACAUCCCGGGAGUGUUAGCUGUUCAUGAUCUUCACGUAUGGUCCCUAACAGUGGGAACGACUGCCAUAGCGGUUCAUCUUGUCAUAGGUGAGUUUUAUGGAAAUGUCCCGUCCUUCUGGUCUAACAAAUCUGGUUUAGCCAACUACUUCUUUCUCGAGUCGGUCGAGAUUAUCCAUCCGUCUGCCCUCUAUUCUGUGCCUGUUGGCGUGUCUUCCUAUGAGUGAGCUAUUUUUCUAGUGUAUUGGUCUAUCCGUCUGGUCCCUUUUGUCUUUCUGUCUGUCUGUCCGUGGUCUCUCUGUCUGCCCGUUCGCCUCUAUCUGUUUGACUGUCCGUUUGUCUAGCUAUCAUUCUGUCAAACCGACCGUCCGUCUGCGCAUCUUUUUGUUCUCCUGUUUGUCUGUCGUUCUGACCAGCUGGUCGUCUAUUUCUUUAUUUAAAUGGUUUGCAUGUUAGUCUGGUCUGUCUAGCUGUGUAUCUGUUCAAUGUUCUGUACAAUUCUUGUCCAUUUGUCUCUGAUGUUUGUCGAUUUGUCUUUGUCUGUCUGAGUACAUUUUUUUUCUAUCGAUCCGUCUUCAAAAUGUUGAAUAUAAAACUUCUGCAUGCAGGUAAAUCUGAAUUAGGAAAAUAACAUGUGGUCUUAAAGGGCAAUUUAUAAACGUCAUUAAUUGUAGUCAAAAGCCUGUCAACGUUUCCAUUUCUAUUCAGAUGAUAGCUGUAGUUCACAAGCAGUUCUGGAAGAAGCGUCACGAAUCUGCAGUCAAGAAUUCGACAUACAGCAUAGUACAAUACAAGUAGAGACAUCGAGCGAGAAAACUGCCGAGUGUAUUCAAUGCGACGAACCUACUACGUGA